AUGGAUUCUGGCCGCAAAGUGCACUGGCGCGAUGCUUCGGCUUCAGAAGAGACGGUGACGCGGAUUCAGACUGACGAUUAUACGGUAGACAAUGUAAGUGGUACUGUAGAGUCUUACUGUAUUAUUAGUGCUGUUAAGUAGAUGGUAAUAACAAUUUUAGCACUAUUUUAUACAUGAGAAUGACUCCUUCUUUUUGAUACUAUGAAAUAUUUUGCUUUUAUAUUUAACCUUACACUGUUUUAUUACUAUAUAUUCAUCAAAGUUUUCUCAAGAUUUAACUUUUUAUAAGAUUAAUAUUUAAUUUACUGUGAUUUUACUGUUUACUGACAAUCAAAAAUCAUUUGUAAGUGAAUAUAGAGUUAGUAAAAAGUAUUAUUCGUAUAUUGUUUGUUAAAUCCAAAACAAACCUUGGCUUUGUUCAAUGUAUUUUGAGUAUUUUUGGUGUGGAUUUGUACUUGUAGACAUGCAAUUACAACUUUAAAGUUUAAUAAUAACGCUUUUUGUAACAGAGAACACUUAUCAACUUGUUUUAUAUCAAUUUCUCAACAAAUUGUUAAACAAAAUGAAACUAAACUUAUAAAUAAUUCAAAAAGUUAAACUUGGAAAGGUAAUAACAAGUUCGAAAAUUUAAAUUUUAUAAGGGUAAUAACGGGAAAGGUAGUAACAAGUUCAAAAGUUAACUAAAAUACUCCUAAAACUCACUAGGACACUAUAAUGGUGGCACUGUUUAAGCAUUAAGAUGUUGGUAUAUGACACUGUUUGCAGACACGACUUCUACACACAACCACCAAAACCCACCCAUGUUGUCACAUCGUCCUACUGGUACUGCUGGUCACCGUCUUCUCCGUGUCCGUCUUCUUCAUCCAAUGCUUUCUGUACGUUCUUUACACACUAAUAGCCAAGUUCCUCAACUCGUCGUUUAACCUUCCUGUCAAUCAAACUGUAUAA